AUGGCGUACGUGUGCAGCUCGCUCUAUGCGAGUGCGACCAAGUGGGCGUCGAACAACUGCAAGGCGUACUACACGGUGACGCAAGACUACGACGACAAGAGCUUGUACCAGGCGCAGCUCUGCACGUACUGGAGCCAGCGCAGUGUCUUCCGCGUCGUCACCUCGUGCUUCAUCGAGGCGCAUCUCCGCAACGAGUUCGUCCAAAAGUACGGCAAGGCCGGCCCGGGCCAGUGGUUCUGCAAGUACACCGACUUUGUCAACCAGGUCAAGGAGUGCUACAGCUCGUCGCUCGACUGCUACCCGCUCGGCAAGUCGCUCAACUCGCUCGAGGCGCAAGUCGCGGCGCUCAACCCGCCGUCGACGUCCAUGCCGCCGUUCCAGUUCACGGGCGCGUCCAUUGCCAUGUGUGCGUACUACAACAAGGACCAAGUGUACACGACGGCCCAAUAA